GUCAUUCAGUACUUUUGUCAUAAAUAAAAUCCAAGUCCACCAAACAUUGUGCUUUGUUAUGUCGUUACAUCAAACAAGUUUAUUUGUAAUUUGCUAAGUUAGUGAAUAAGAAAAAUGGCAGACUUUGACGCAAUAUAUCCUGACGAAACUGAAAGUGAGGAGAAUAUAGAAGAGACACAUGUGACGUUAGUGCCUGAUCCGAUCGUCAUCCGCGGAGCUGGUAACAUGACAGUUUUUGGUUUAAGCAACCGUUUCAACAAUGAGUUCCCCUCUGGUCUUCAGUCAAGAGUAGCCCCGGAGGAAUAUCAGGCUACUGUGGCUCGUAUCAACAGCGUUCUGAAGAAGACAUUGCCGGUUAAUGUGAAGUGGUUGUUCUGUGGAUGUGUUUGCUGCUGCUGUACUCUUGGAUGCUCUCUUUGGCCAGUUAUAUGUCUAAGUAAAAGAACGCAACAUUCACUUAAUAAGCUAUUGGAAUGGGAGAACAGUCGACUUUACAACAAACUGGGCCUGCGCUGGAGACUCACCAAACAGCACUGUGACUCAUCUUCCAUGAUGGAGUAUGUACUUCUUAUAGAAUUUAUACCCAAAAUACCCAUAUACAGGCCUGACUAAACGCUACAUCCAAUGUCAUUUGUAAAUACAUUUUUACCUAUUAAAAAAAAAUAAUUGACAUGACUAACUCUAAUAAAAUAAAAACAAGCCGAAUGUACCAUGUACAAUUUAUAUUUAAGGAAACCUUUGUAAUUGGCAUUGUCAUUCAUCAAGCCAUUUUAUAUUUUAUAGAGCAAGUAGGUGAUGUUUAAUGCUUUUUGUGUAUAGAUGUCACUUCAAUUGCAAGCUAUUAAGUGUUAAGUCUUUCUAAGCAUUUGCAUUACACUUUAUUGUUGAUAAUGCAUUGUUAAUGUAGUCAUUCUAAAUUUAAAAGUGCGACAGGCAUCUUUUGUUACGUUGAUGAUAUUGACAGUUAGAAUUAGUGUUGCCAGAUAAUAAAAAGCUAAUUCUUCCAAAUGGGGGGAAAAUUAUGUAUGGAAUAAUUACUUUUGUAAAUAUCAUAUCAUUGGUGUAAAUUAGAUCUUAAUUAAAACAGCAAUAAUGUGACUAUAAAAUAAGUAAGAGAUAAACGUGACCAUGAACCAACUUAUUAGUCUAUAAUAAUUUCUAAUUUGGUUUCUAAAAACACCUGGCAGUUACUUUUGCUGUCAAAAGUGACAAUUUACAAUAUAACGGAAUAAACGCCGUAUUUGGCCACGUGCCAAAAGUUUCUUGUCGCACUGAAAUGAGGCUGAUAGAAAACGAAGCGGAUUUUCAGUAUUUUAAUGUUUAUUUUGCAAACGCGAAAAAUUUUUAUGAUGUUUAAAUCAUCUUUCCGAAUCAAACAUUGCUUCAGAUGUAAUGAUCUGAUAGUUUAUGUUAUAGUUCGGGAAAAGAACAUGAUUAUUAAAAAAAAAACAUUAACAAGUCAGGUGUUAAUCGAAGUGGUUGAGUUUUUUAAUAAUAAUACCGCGCACAUCAAAAAGCGAAAAAAGAUCUUAUUAUUUGCCCUUAAAUUAAGUCUCUU